GGUACCUAUAUAACUUAGCAGUAUUUUUGUUCUAUGGCCAAAUCGUUUAGUUUCUGUGCGUCGAGAACAUGAAAGUGCUACAAAUUACGAUUUUCGUGGUGGUUUUCGCCGAAGGAAUUUUAGGUCAAUAUGAUAAUCAUAGAAAUGCUUUCAAUGCUCCAAAAUCUAUCGAAAGGGGAUUUGCUCCAGUAAAUUCUUAUUUUGAAAAGGAUUCUAGUUCAUCUUCGAGUUAUGAAAAUCCGAGUUAUGGACAUCCUAAUUCAAAUUAUCAACAACCCCCUCAAAUCCUUUUUAUGCCACAAGCUCAAGCUUUAACUGCCGAACCACCACAAUAUGGACCACCUCAAGUACCUGAAGCAAUUUCAAAUUAUUUAGCCACCGUUGCUCAAAAAUACGGUGGACCAUCAACCCAAAAUUUCCAAGAUCCAACGAAACAAGGUCCUCAGGUAUUUGUACCACCACAAAUGCAAAAACAAAGUCCUUUCCAAGCUCCAGAUCAAUACCAAUUUGUACCUCCGGACCUACAAUCUUUCCAACAACCCACUCAUCAAUACCAACAAGCUCCAGUACAAUUUAACCAACCUGAAUUUGCGAAUAUACAACCAGCUGUUCCUCAAUAUCCACAAGAUCAAUACCAAAAUCAACAAUCUCACAAUCAACAGCCUCAAUUUCAAAAUCAACAGUCUCAAUACCAAAAUCAACAGUCGCAAUAUCAAAAUUCACAAUCUUUAUAUUUAAAUCAACAACCCAGUCAAGUCCAAUAUCAGAAUCAACAACCCCAAUAUCCAAAUCAUCAACCGCAAUAUUCGCAAGAACAAUCAUCACAACCGAUUCAAGUGUCCUAUCAAAGGCCAGAAAAUUUAGGCCACCUUCCCCCCAUCACCAAAAAUCCCAAUGAUAUAGUAAACUCUGAGAUGUAUUCGGAAGGUGGUCAAUCUCAAAAUCGCGCACCACCCACAAAAUAUGUUAAAGGAUCUCAUUUCAUUGAUGUUGGAAACCUUGGGGAGUACAACGAAUUUGGAAAUGAUUUCGAAGGUGGGUACAAUCAUUUCGGGGGAUUCAAUGGAUUUGAAAGUGGAAAGUACGGAGGAUUUGAUGGCGGCAAGUUUGGAAGUUUUAGCAGCUUCGAUAAUUCUUUCGAAGAUAGUCCAAGUAGUGCUUUGACAUCUUUUAAAUUAGGAACGAAACCAAAGGGUAACUUAAAAUUAUCAGGAUCUGUGGGUUCCUCAAAAAGAACUCGGUACAACAGAGGAGGAUCCAUCGCAGGAAUUAGACGCCCAACACGAUUUGUCUUAAGUAGUUAAGAUAUUUCAAAGGAAUUUUUCCUGUGAUACAAAAAAAUUC